CUGCACAAUGAUUUCACCUUUUUAAAAUCAGUAUUCCUCAUUUUCUUUUUCAGGAGAUCAAAGGCAUUCUUCAGAGAUGUGACUUCGAGACAGAACCUCUUCCAAAGAUACCUGAGCUGAAUCUGGGGGAGUUUAAUGGACCUCUGCAGUACACAGUAUGGAAACAGAUGCUCAACAUUAUAAACCCAGUUCCUGCCCCUUUGACAUUGGACCCGGAGUCAGCGAGCUUGGACCUUGUCCUCUCCAAGGACCAGACGACAGUGAAGGGCCGCUUCAAGCUGAAAGACUGGCCAUACGGCCGGAGGACCUACCCCGCAGUGCCACACAGUCGGAAGCAGUUCAGUAAUUAUGGCUGUGUUGUCACGCGGGAAGGCUUCACUUCGGGCAAGCACUACUGGGAGGUCAACGUGGAGAGAAUGGACGAGUGGAUCGUUGGCGUGGUGAAGGAGUCCGUGAACAGGCACGAUGCAGUCCCGCUGACGCCCUCAAAUGGCUUCUGGACCUUGAGAAAGUGGAAUGGAAGUGUCUACGGUCCCGAGCACACGUGCGGUUUUGACGUAAAUCUGAGGAGGGUGGGAGUCUGCGUGGACCACCAGAGAGGGCAGGUGUCCUUUUAUAAUGGCGAUGACAUGACACACCUCUGCACCGCAACGGGUCAGUUCAGAGAGAAGAUCUACCCUUUCUUCCUGCCUUUUCCACAGACCGUGACUAAGGAGGCACUGAAUCUGUUCCACUUGAAACUGUAGCUCAACGGGACACAGACGAGUGCCUGCUCGGAGCAUCUCUCCUUCCAGGAAUAGGGGAAGCGAGUGGAAUUUUGGAAGUUGCUGCUGAAGGAAUAACAACAACCACAAGACAUUAGCGAGACUGCCCUUGGAGUAUUGUGUACACUUUUGAGUGUGUUACUUGAGUAGGGAUGGAGUUGUAUUGGAGGUGGUUCAGAGGAGGCCCACUGGAUUGACUCCAGAGAUGAGGGGUUUAUCUUAUGAAGAGAGAUUGAGCAGUUUAGGUCCAUACUUGCUUGAGUUUAGAAGAACUAGUGGAGAUCUGAUCGAGGAAUAUCAGAUGCGCGAGGGGAUGGACAAAGUGGACACAGAGAAGAUGUUUCCUCAUGUUGGGCAACGUAGAACGAGAUCAUCAUUUUAGAGUAAGGGAGUAACAGACGUAAAACUGGGGUGAGGAGAAAUUACUUAUCUCUGAGCCUUGAAUCCGUGGAGUUCACUUCCCAAGAGUGUGGUGGAUGCUGGGACACUGCGGCAAUUUAAGGAGGAGAUAAACAGAUUUUUAAUUAGCAAUAGGUUGAAACAUUAUGGGCAGGGUGCAGGAAAGUGGAGUUGAGGUCGAGAUGAGAUCAGCCGCAUUCGUAUCAAAUGGGUGGAUGAGACCCGAGGGGCUGAAUGGUCUACUCCCUGCUCCGAGUUCUAAUGCUCCCCGGUCUGACCGUCCGGCAAGUUAAUGUCACAGCUCACUUGCCCUGUGCCAAGCAGUUCUAUCGAGGAUGCAAAGCCGCAAUUGGCUUGACUGGCAGGACAUUGUUUCUUCAAACUGGAAUUCAUGUCAUGUCAUGUUGCUGUGGGCUCGGUGGGUCCCAGUAACUAUGAGAACACAAACUUGUUUAUGGGAAUCGCAAAUAUGGAUGCUGGAGAUCUGAGGCAGAAGCAGAAAGUGCAGGAGAAACUCAGCAUCCUGAGAGAUGAGAGAGAGAGAGAGGGAAAAACAGCGUCAAUGUUUCCAGUCUGGUGGGCCUUGGUCAGAAGAGUUCUGAGAAUCUCCAGCGCUUUCUGGUUUUGACUUGUGUAGUCCUUUCCCAGGCAUUUUGUUUGCUGGAGCAAUGGACAGCGGUAAAUGAGGCUCCAGCUCACAAGGGAGAAGCUCCUAUUCUGACUGAGUGCUGGUGGCACUUAUUGUAAGGGUGUACACACUGACAUUCCACUUUUCUGAAUACCUUCAGGGCUCACCAUCCUCAGUCAUCAGUUGCCAGAGUGGGUCUUGAACCUGGAAUUCCUGGGACACAGACAGUAAAACAACCCUGCCUGUCACAUUUACCUCCCCCCCCCCCCAUAUCUUCCUGCUGCACCACUUUUGCUAAGAACUUUGGUGUUUUUAAUUUCUUUCCAAUAAAAAUGAUUGAAGUUUU